UUCGGGGCGCGCGCGUCGGCGAGCUGCAACGACGCGCCUUUCACGGAAAGCGAAUCCGUUCCUUGUGCGUGGGCUUCUUCUACAUGGGAAGGCUGCUGCGAACGUGUGCGCGCUUGCUUAGAAGCCACGACUAGCGUGCGGACUAUGGCGACCUUCCUGGGAUUACCGGAUUGGGUUAUAUUCGCGGCAACGAUCUGCAUUCUUUUGUACCUGUACGCUACUCGGGAUCGCAACUACUGGAAGAAGCAGAAUGUUACGUCAGAGCCAUUCGCUCUCAUAUUCAGUCCCACGGUGAAACUCAUGUUUCAGCCUCUUCAUUUGCUAGAUACCGCACGCUAUACGAAGUAUGGAAAGUUAUUUGGCACGUUCGAGACAGGCAAGAGGAUCCUUUUUGUCGCCGAACCCGAACUGGUGAAGCAAGUCUUGGUCAAGGAUUUUCCUUCUCUGCCUAAUCGGAGGACGUUCAAGUUCUUCGACCCGAUGCUAGACAACAUGAUGAGCGUUGCUCCCGUGGAUCAGUGGCGGAAGAUUCGACCAGCCUCGAGUCCAGCGUUUUCCACGGGAAAGCUAAGAAAGAUGAAUUCGCUGAUCGAAGACUGUGCAGUCAUAACGUCGCAGCAUCUGAAAAAGGCGGCGGAGAAUGAGGAGGACAUUGACGUGAAACAGUUCUUCGGUAACUAUGCGGUGGACGUAAUAGCGAGAUGCGCUUUCGGCACGAGGUUGGACUCUCACUCGGACCAAACUAACGCGUUCGUCACAAAAACACGACAGGCCUUUUCAGGACGCAUCACCCCACGACUUUUUGUAUUUUUUGUAUUCCCGGCUAUAGCAAGAAUACUCGGACUACGACCAUUUAAUACGGACAUAUUUCUCUACUUCAAAGAGAUAUGCUUGAACAUUAUCAAGGGGCGACAGGACAAACAAUCUCGAAACGAGGACUUUCUACAACUCAUGAUGGAUGCCAAGGAAGGAAAACUUUCAUCGGCAGCGGAGAACACAUCUGAACGGGACAACCGACUUUUCAAUCUCGGCUCAGAACUGAAACCCGACGCUUCGUUUUCGUCGGACAAAACACUGAGUGAAGACGAAGCCCUGGCGCAGUGCGUUCUCUUCUUCUUCGCUGGCCAGGACACGUCAUCGUCUGUGAUCUCUUACACGCUGUAUCUGCUGGCAAUCAAUCCAGAGGCACAGGAAAGGCUGAGGGAAGAAGUCGACGAGUGCUUCAAUAUUCACGGAGAACACCCCAGCCUGGAUGUGAUCACGAAGCUCAAGUACCUUCAUGGAGUUGUCUCCGAGGCUCUUCGCCUGUAUCCUCCAGCCACAAGAGUUGAGCGAUCUCCUUUAGAAGACUACGUUCUGGGAGACACAGGAAUCAAGGUGAAGAAAGGUGAUCUGAUUGGAAUCCCCGUGUACUCCAUGCACCAUGACCCGCAGUACUUCCCUGAUCCUUACAAGUUUGACCCCGACAGGUUCAGUGACGAGAACGUGGAUUCCAUCCAGCCGUACACGUAUCUGCCAUUCGGCGCUGGGCCGCGAAACUGCAUUGGCAUGCGGUUCGCCCUGCAAGCUGUCAAGCUUUCUAUUCUGCACACUAUUCGCAACAUCAAGGUGGUUCGCACGGAAAAGACGAAGGUUCCUCUGGAAUUCCAAAACGGUUUCAGCGUCCUCACUGCCAAGGACAUCACACUGGGAAUCCGGAAACGGGACUGAGCGAGAAUGUCUUUUUGCGAUUAAACCUGUACAGAUAUUAGAAA